UCGAUGAUGCAUUAAUGAUAUUGUCGGAUAGGUAUAUUACCCAGGUAAGAAUCAAUACCGCUGAAUAGCGCCACAACACCUCGGUUCAGAAGUACAAUACACUUUGGAAUACGUCCUAUCCUGGUCUGAAACAACGGUCACCUGAAACAAUGAACGGGUCAUCAAACACAGACCUAUAAAGAGAUACCUCGAAGUGGCGUGGUCAUGCAGAAAGGUUUAUUGUGGCAAUAGAAGGAUUCUCAUUCCUUGCCAGACAGAAUAGCAGCAGCCAUUUUGAACAUAGACAAAUUGUCAAAAGAUAAACACGUACCUUGCUGUCGACUUGGGUAAAUAACUCACCUGUCCCCACAGGAAUCAUUGCAUACGGCUGCUGGAACAAACCAAACAGGCAGAAUGGCGAUAACAGCAGAGCAACAAAAGCUUAUAGAUGAGACAUUUGAAGGACUUGCGGAGGAGCAGAUUGAGGAAUACAAGAUGGCAUUCCGCGUAUUCGAUAAGGAUGGAGACGGUACUGUGUCGGCGGAUGAACUGGGAACUGUGAUGAGAUCCCUGGGGGAGAACCCAACCGAAGAGGAACUAGAGGCACUGGUCCUCGAGGUGGACACAGACGGUAACGGAACUAUUGAGUUCGACGAGUUCGUGCGGAUGAUGAAGAAGAAAGACGCCAACAAAGGAAGUCCGGAAGAAAUAUUCGAGGCGUUCAAAGUGUUUGACCGCGAAAACAGAGGUUUCAUUACUGCUGAUGAGCUUCGUCACAUCAUGACAAAUCUCGGCGACAAGCUCCCGGAUGAAGAUGUUGAUGAAAUGAUAGAGCUUGCAGAUUUAGAUGGCGACGGUACAAUUGAAUAUGAAGAAUUUGUAAAAAUGUUGGCAAAUCCUGAAGGAUCUCAGACAAGAGACAUUCAAUUUAUUAUCAUGUGUACAAAAGAACACCUGGCAAAUCUUGCGGCGCUUCAGAGCCUGACGGAGGAACAGGUAGCCGAGAUACGGGAGGCUUUCAGUGUGUUUGACAAGAAUGGGGAUGGCAUCGUGUCGUUGAAAGAGUUGGGGACAGUGAUGAGGUCACUAGGACAGAACCCGACAGACGCCGAGGUACAGGACAUGAUCAACGAAGUGGAUGCGGACGGGAAUGGCACUAUCGAGUUUGUAGAGUUCGUGAAUAUGAUGAAGAGAAAGAUUGACACCAUUGACGACGCCGAGGAGGUCAGACAGGCCUGGCGGGUAUUUGACCGUGAUAGUCAAGGAUUCAUUCACGUGGACGAGAUGAGAUAUGUGCUGACCAGUCUGGAAGAGGUUGAUGUGUCUAUUGAGGAGGUGGACGAGUUGUUAGAGGUUGCUGACAAAGAUGGAGAUGGUCUCCUUGAGUAUGACGGUAAGAUGUAUCCGUCAAACAUUUUGAUAUUAAAUAGUACCAAUUAUAAUAUCAUGAAAAUGGAACAUCUCUCACAGGAACAAAUAGAUGAAUUCAAGGAGGCGUUUAAGAUAUUUGACCGUGACGGAGACGGUACGGUGGAUGUAGUGGAGCUUGGAACGGUGAUGAAGUCUCUGGGGCAGGAACCGACGGAACAGGAAAUCAGGGACAUGAUCAACGAAGUCGACAAUGAUCAGAGUGGCUCAAUCGAGUUCCCAGAGUUUCUACAGUUGAUGUCGAAGAAAAUGAACGACACGGAUACAGAGCAGGAAAUCAAAGAUGCGUUUAAGGUGUUUGAUUCGAACGCGAGGGGGUACAUCACGGCCAUAGAACUGAAGGACAUUAUGACCACUCUGGGCGAGAAACUGACCGACGAGGAGACGGACGAAAUGAUCCAAUAUUCCCACGCGGACCUCGAAGGCCACAUCAACUACGUCGAGUUCGUACGGUUGAUGACAGCGCCGUGAGGCUGUAUAUAAAAUGAAUUACACUGUGGUUUGGAAAUAUGCCUAGGAUGAACAUCAUAGACACACUUAUACAUAGAUACGUCAUAAAUCGAGUGUACGCAAUCAUUUUCACACUGAAAUAAAGUUCCUUUCCUAACCUUUUGCUCGUGUUUGCGAGGAGAGCGUUUGACUUGUAGACAUGGAUUCGUGGUAAACCCACGACAGGAGUGUUUCAGUAUCAGACAAGGAAGUAAGGUGCCGUGGGUUUUCAAUGGAGCAUGACGGAACACUGCAGGGAAGCUUCAUGAGAUGUUAAUGACGUCAUACGUUUUCUACAUCAUGAAUUAGAGUCGUGUAAUGUAUCUUUAACGAUUUGGAUAUUCAUUAAAGAGAUACAAAUAAAUCAAACAGUUGUGGAUUCUCUUUUGCUGCAGCACUGUAAAAUAACAUCAGCAAUACGAUAUAUACAUAUAAAUCAAAUCAUGAUGUGCGUUUCCUGCUGCAGCACUGUAAAAUGAUAAUCGUCCACGACAGAUGUAUAAAACAUAGCGCCUAAAAUGUCCAGAGGAGGGUGUUUUUUUGUUGUUUUUUUACUUAUAUCAGCAUUUAGGAAAAAUCAGGCAGACAUUUCAAAAAGAUAAUUUGUUGUACUUCUGGAAGAAAGUUAUUAAAGACUGUUUUCUGAA